AUAAUUAUACGCAUGCGCAGAACUUUAUAAAUAGGCAACAAUCAAAACCUCAAUCACUUGUCAAGUUGAUAGUUUACACUUUAAUUAGGGGAAAUGGUUGAACCUCUUACAAUGAAGCGCAAAAUUGGUUUAGUUAUAAUAAUUUUGGUUCCAAUUGUUAUAUAUGUUAUUUAUAAUAACGCAAAAAAUUCUAGCUUAGUGUCAUUAAAAAAAUUGGUGUUCGAUAAUAUCCUUACUUCAAAAUCUGAUAUAGAAAAAAUCAAGAGUUCUCAAGAUGUUUUAGUUAAAUUUGCUGAAAACAUUGAAAAAAAAAUGAAAUUAAUUUCAUUCCAAGCUCGAAAUAACAUGAAAAAUGUUAAAGAGAUUCGUACCAACCAGGAAACAUUAAUUAAUAUUGUACAAGCUAGAAAUCUAAAUAUUGAUAAAGAAAAUGCUAAUGUUGAUAAGUAUGAUUUAGAUUUAAAUGAAAGUCAGCUGUCUGAAAUGAAUAUUGAGGAAGAAACCAUAGCUAUGAACUCACCUACAACAGAAACUGAUUUGUAUGAUAAAUGGAUAGUUGUUACAAGUAUAUUUUAUCCAACUAAAGAUAUUAAGUCUUUAGCUGCUAUUAAAGGAUGGAAACUUGUUGUUGUAGGAGAUACUAAGACACCAAAAGACUGGAGACUUGAUGGUGUUAUUUACAUUAGUGUUGAAGAUCAAAAAAAAUUGGGUUAUGAAACAGUUAAUCUAUUAAAAUAUAGAGCAUAUACUCGCAAGAACAUAGGCUAUUUGUAUGCUAUUCAACAUGGUGCUAAGUAUAUUUAUGACACUGACGAUGACAAUGUUCCCAAUACAGGUAAAAUUGACUUUGAUAUGACUUUAAAAAGAAAAUAUUUGGUCUACCAUUCAAAUCGUACCUUUUAUAAUGUUUUUGCCCAUUUUGGUCAGAGUACAUUGUGGCCCCGGGGUUAUCCCUUAAGUUUCAUUGGAGAUCUUCCUAUACGAACAUAUCGCAAGUGUUUAAAUACGGAACCAUAUGUCCAACAGGGUGUUGUUAAUGGAGAUCCUGAUCUUGAUGCUAUUCAAAGGUUAACUAGGAAAGAUUCAAAUGUUAAAUUCAAUAUCAAAUUUGAUGAGAAACAAGAGCCAGUUGUGUUACCUCAUAAAUCGUUUACUCCUUAUAACUCUCAAAAUACAUUUCACAGCUAUAAUGCUUUUUGGGGCCUGCUUCUCCCUCAAACAACUGCCUUUCGUGUCACUGAUAUUUGGAGAUCGUACAUCACUCAACGGUUGCUAUGGGAUAUUGGUGGUCAUCUUGCAUAUUAUGGUCCUAAUGCGUAUCAAGAUCGUACUGGACAUGAUUAUCUGCUCGACUACCUUGAUGAAAGUGCACUAUAUAAUGAUUGCUUAACAUUAACAAACUUUUUGUUGCGUUGGAAAAGCAACAAUAAUUCGGUACUCACUCGUUAUUUUGAACUCAUUAAAGACUUAUACAAGCAAAAAAUACUUAAAAUUAGAGAUGUCCAUAUAGCUAAAGCUUGGGUUCGUGACCUUUUAAGUUUCGGAUAUCAAGCUCCUAACAUUACAAAAACAAAAAUGGAAUGUUCAGAAGAAAUAUAUCAUAUUUAUCCUAAUGAACAACCAUCUAGUUUUCCAAGAACUGGUCUCAAUUAUGUUAAUGUCAAUUCGGUUGAUAAAAAACCCUAAUCUAAUUAUGUCUUGCUGUUUAUACAUAAUGAUAUAUUUAUGUUUAUUUAUGUGUAUGUUUGACGCUCAAAGAUUAAAUUAGACAAAAUGUCUGCAAUCCUUUAAUUUGAAUCAGGAAUAAAAAAUAUUAUAAUUUUUAAAUAAGAUGAUUUUUAAGUAGUUUAAAAAACUUGUUCUAAAUAUAAAAAUAACUUUAAAACUUUUUUUUAACAUUUACUCAGAUUUCGUAGUGUAACAAUUUUGAUCUUGUAAUUUGAUAUACGAGUUUAUAGCAAACGAGUUUGUAGGGAAAUAGGGUACAUAUGUAAAUAAUGGGUAAUAUUUUAUUUAAAAGCAAUUUGAAGCUAAUUUGAAGUUUUUAAAGAAUUUUGAUAAUUUAUAGAUAGUACAUUGUUGAUUUAA